AUGACGUCCACGGCGCUGAACCCGCUAUUCAUCAUUUCUUUCCAGGUUCUCCUAUCGUCGGCUGUAAUUGGAUUUACGCCUGCAUCUUCGCUGUUGCGACUGUUUAGUCCUUUGCUUUCUCUAGGUUGCGUUUUCCUAACAGUGAAAUAUGCAAUUAAAUUUGUCCGUCCAUUUUGGGCAGCUCUCUUAGGUGGUCUUGCUUUUGUUUAUUUCCUGCACUUUCUCGAUCUGGCCCUCUUGAGCCGUUGGGACAUCAACCAUGAUGGCCCAGCAUCUGACAACCGACAGCCGCGGCUUGCCGACAAGCAUGAGAAGAGAAACCGUGUAAAGAAGACUUCUGCAAAUUCAACUAUACUCGAACGCUUCCUUUGGGGUUUCUCUCAGUCCAUAGCCUGGCGGCAUGUCAAUACACCCUAUCAAUCCAAGAACUGUCCUCCGUAUUCAUAUUCCGACCCAGCAUAUAUUCCCUCACGUCCGUGGUUCGUGGCCCGGUCUCUGGUCUUGGGAACAAUAUGUUAUCUUGUCAUAGAUGUUCUAAACUCACAACCGCCUCCAGAAAACGCAGCAGAAGUCUUUGGUCCUUCUCAAGUUCACUUUUUCACUCGCCUUCUAUCUCCGACUGCCGAUCCGCUCAAGGCUGAAGAGCUUGGUCUACGUGCUAUGGUAACUUUGGUCGGUUACGUAUCCAGUUAUUGCCUCCUGAACGCAAUAUCUCAUUUACUCGGUGCAUUUUUCGUUUCCAUCAAAAUAAACGAGGUUCGUGAGUGGCGUCCGUUGUUUGGACGUGUAUCGGAGAUCUAUUCUCUGCGUCAAUUCUGGGGCACGUUUUGGCAUCAGAACCUGCGUCGAAUGAUCAGUGAACCAGUUGAGUUUUUGGCUCACAAGGUCCUGAGGUUGCCCAAAAAGGGGAUCGUACAGCGCUAUUUAAAGAUCGUGCUCUCUUUCUAUCUCUCUGGCAUCACACAUGCCGUCGCCGAUAUUUCCUCAACCCUCUCAUGGGGAGAGCAGUUGACGGUAGAAUUUUUCCUUAUUCAAGCGUUGGGCAUCAUAAUUGAGGACGCUGUUCAGGCUGCAUGGCGUCUUUUCAGCAGUGACCCAAGAACAGAAACAGUCACUCCGCCUGCACGGUGGAAAAGAGUCGUUGGAGCCCUAUGGGUUACAUUGUUUUUGAUUUGGUCUACACCCAGAUGGGUAUACCCCGGGGCCAGCAAGGCGGGACCAGGAACACAAAGUAUUGUUCCAUAUAGUUUCGUUCAAGGACGGUGGACAUAG